UCAUUGACUGACUUUAUUCUCCACCUCAGUGGAAAUUUGUCUUUGACUUCUCCCAAAGUACAACAAAUACAUACACUACACGCAUAGCGCAACACACCAUUAAAAACAUACAAAAUAUACGACGUACAAUAGUGCUAAAUGGGCAGGUACUAGCAGGUAGGUUAUAUAAAUAAUACCAGAGAGCAGAUCUUAUAAAAUAACAAGUGUUUCCUUCAGCUGGUCCUUGGGGCCAUGAAUUGAUGGCCAGACAGGAGCAGCUCAAACUCUGAGUGUAGUGGGUUUGUGGUGCCUGCAGUUAUGUGUUUAGCCUGCCUGUGUACAGCACUGUCAAAUAUGUUGAAAAGUUGUUUCUAUGACGUGCCAAAUACCUUCCCUGCAAUAUUAACAAUUUUCGAGAGCUUGUUUUUGCUCUUUACACUCAAGUUGCCGUACCAAGCUGUUAUGUUAAAUGAUAAGACGCUUUCAACCAGGCUUCUGUAUGCCGUUUCAAGUAUGUGUUGGCUAACGCCAAAGCUCUUCAGCUUCCUGAUUAAAAACAAUCACUGGCUGGCUCUAUUAAAAAUGCUCUCUGAGUUCUCAUUAAAAGUUAGCUUCUCAUCAGUGAUUGUGCCAAAGUACUUAAAAUGUACUACUUCUUCUACAGGCUGGUUAUUGAAUAUGACAGGGAGGAUGUUCCUGGCUCCACUUGGUUUUGUUUGUAUUAAAAGUUCUUUUGUUUUCCAGUUUACUUUCCUUACACCAGUCCUGCAGUACAGUGACCUGUCUGAAGUCAGCCUCCUCGUGUUUGGUAUUGUCUUUCAGGAGAAGACCAACUAGGGCCAUAUCAUCAGCAUAUUUGAACAGCUUGACAUUACUGCUGUGAACAGUCAUUUCAUUUGUGUAGUGGUGACAGCACAUAGCCUUGUGGGCCUGUGACUGUGUCACUGUUACAUAGUUUGUCCAUCGAAGAGUACUGGCAAAUGUCCUGUUGAGUACAUACUCAUUGGUAAAUUAAUACUAAUUGGUAAAUUCUCAAAUAUUGAUUUGAGUUGGGCUAUAAUCCACAUGCAAACCUUUGUUACAUUUUUGGUGCUGACCAGUCAGUUAAAGGAUGUUGUGUUGUUGUUUUUUAAAGUCUGUCCUAUUUAGUGCAGAAUUGUGCACUUAUGGUAGCACUUCAUAAGCAUUUUCAAGAUGAAACGACAGAAUUCAGGAUUAUUGGGGAUAUCUUUGGAUAUUAAGCUUCCAAGAAGACAAAUAUUUUGGCUUGUUAGCAUUAGUUGAAUCUGAAUUAAGUCACAUUUUAAAGAUUGUCAUAUGGCAACAGAAAACCAGAAAGACGUGUCAGUGACAGUAUUUGUUGACUGGUGUGUUAUGUUGGUGAGGGAAUACUGCCCUGAGUUUAACCUGUAAGGCAGCUCCUCCUCUCAGGCUGCAUAAAAAUUCUGCCUCCUUCAAUAGGACCAGAAGACCUAAACUACAACUAUAAACUAUAAACUAACCUCCUACAAACUAUACUUGAUUGAUGGAGCGUUUACAGGGAACGGUACAAAUCAUCAAACUAAUGAGUUCUCAGAUGUCAGACGUUUCAUUGCGCUAUUGAUGUUACACUGAUGCAUAAACACCAGUGAUAUUGAUGAUAUUGGUGUAUAGAAAUUCAAAUGUGUUUAGGAAGGAAGAUGCUGUUAACAUCCUAUGAUUAGCAUACGUUAUAUCACCUGCCCUGCUGGCAUCAUUUUUCAUUUGUGUCCCUGAGAAAGCCUUGCUCAGUCACACAGUCUCCUCUGUUCCUCUUUUCCCAGAAAAUAAAACUGACUUAAACAAUAACUCGCCGUUCUCAGACAGCAAUUUCUAUUGGUUUUGGCUCAAGUCUUCUAUCUUGUCGGUGAAGUUUUCAGUAUCUUUGGAGUAAGCACUGCCUGAGAGGGUCACCUCAGGGCAGAACAUCCCUAAACCCUUUAAUAUCCUGUGCAGUCAUGUCACCACGGGGGUGACAAGCCUGAAUCAGGCAGAGGAUCCUGAACAUGCCAGAGGUAUUUAUUGUGUCAGUGCUGUCGAUGAGCUGCCGUUGGGGGGUUGUGAUUACUGGUGGUAUUCUUAGUUAAAGCCUUCAUCCAGAUUUUUGCAAACAGUUUUGGGUCCAUGAUCCAAUCCGAAUGCCCACUCACUCACAGACUUUGACGAGCAUUCCUGACGAGCUUGUCAGGACUCGUAGCUGACCUACUGUGAAAUCAACAAGCAUAGGGGAAUAUCCAAUAAUCCAUAGUAGCAGAAAGUGUCUCAAAUACAAACUAAUCAAAUCCAAAGAGCAACCAUGAAACAUAAAACAUGGAAGACGCGAGAGUUCACCAGGGAGCACCGUCUGUGUGCACGUUUGCGCUAUGAUAUGAUGACAGUUUACAAAUGUUUUCAUCUGACUUGAUCCAACAAUAAUGAAGACUAUUGCCCCCUCUUGCACUCAUGAGAGAGCUUUGAGUGGAUAUUGAUCUUGUAUUGGGAUUCCUGCAGUGCGGACUAAUGACCACAAGGUGUCAGUAUUUACCUGUGUACUUCGUAAAGAACACAGAAACCACAAUAGUGUCAAAUGAAUUGUAUAGCAGCCUCCUUUUUGUUGUGUAAGUGAAAUCAGGCUGUCAACACAUGUAUAAACCACCACAAAUUCAUAAAUAUAUAUAAACUAAUAUUCACCAAAUAAAGACUGAUAGAAACUGUUGUUUAAUUAUAUCUAUAUGGAUUUGUUGAAGGCAAAAGUGAUCCCACAUGUUGAAUCUCCUUGAAAAUAAUAAAAGUAAUGUCCAGACAAGUCUGGGUGUGAAGGUAUUUGACUGGACUGUAUACACACUGUGACAGAGCCAAACACCCUGUAGGAUCAAUAGGCCUAAAUAUAAAAUGGAGGACAAGUCAAACAAUAAAAAAUAUAUAUAUUGCAGAAAGGAAUAUGUGCUGCUGUGUACGACAUUUAUAGGUUUUGGUCAAAUGAUCAUCACGAACAGCUCGUGGAAACGGACUCGUAGCAGCUUUUAUGCAAAUCUUCCUCUUGAGCGUGUUUUGAUUGGAGAGGAGCGUGGAGGUGUAGUCUGGAAGGCGUGACAUAAUGCCAAUGCAGCUUUAUGAAGAAAGUGCGCUUCUCCUGAUCAGGCAGAGGUGCGUCUAGUCCUCUGGCAUCAGCGGACUUUUAGUUUGUGGCUCCAGAAGCCAAACAGGCUGCGCGGUGCAGAAUCACUUCGCUGUUCAGAGUUUGAUCAUCUGGGAGCUUUUCACGCACGCAUGUGGGUUUUUUUCCCCUCUGAGCUGAAAUCAAAGUUUGGAAUUACUGUGAGUGCGAUUUCACUGACUGCAUGAAAUAGCUGUGAACAUUUUGGAGCUCUUUGAAGAAACGAGCUUACCAUUUUUAAUAUGACUGAAGCGCAUUCACAUUUGGGACUGCAGAAAACCUCCAUGGAUUUCGUCAGCGACUUUGACUUGAUGAAGUUCGGCGUAAAGAAGGAGACGAUGCAGGGAAUAGACCGCUCCUUCAUCGGGCCGUGCAGCCAGCUCCAGAGACCAGACUCUGUCUCCUCCACCCCUGGCAGCACACCUUGCAACUCGGUACCCUCAUCACCAAACCUCCAUCCAAACGAGCAAAGAAAUAACCCCGGGAACGACCCGUUCUGGAUACCCAACAACGGGGGUUACCCUCAGCAAAUGUACCCUCAAGCUUUUGGUCUGACACCCGAGGACGCAGUGGAGGCCCUCAUCGGCGCCACAGCACAGCAGGGGCACCCAUCUGCGCCCCACGGCCACCACCCGCCACCUUUCCAAGCAGAAUAUGAUGCGUACGGCCACCUGAGCGAGCCUAUCCAGCACUACCCGGGGCUCUCGGGUCACCCAGACAUGCAAGGCAUCCCAGGCAGUCACUGCCAAGACCCCUAUCUCAAAGACGACAUGGGUAGCGCGUCCCCUCAGUCGCCGGAGGCCCAGCAGGUCAUCGGUGCGCACCACCAUCUCCAGCAGCCGCACAGCCGCCAAGACAGGAGAUCCGCGGCCGAGGCCCACUUCUCAGACGACCAGCUGGUUUCCAUGUCCGUCAGGGAGCUCAAUCGGCUCCUCAGAGGCCUCAGCAAGGACGAAGUGAUGCGUCUCAAGCAGAAGCGCCGGACCCUGAAAAACAGAGGUUACGCACAGUCCUGUCGCUACAAGCGGGUCCAGCAGAAACACAUUUUGGAGCACGAAAAGACCAGCCUGGUGUCGCAGGUCGAGCAUCUGAAACAUGAACUCAACAGACUGAUACGGGAGAGGGACGCAUACAAACUUAAAUGUGAAAAACUGUCCGGUGCGAACUGUUACCACGAAACCGGGUCCACCAGUGAUAACCCUUCCUCACCCGAGUAUUCUCUGUGAGUUUGGUUAAUUUCCUGCAGAACUGAUUCUUUUCCAUAGGGAGCCAUUUAUGCUGACAGCUCGCCUUGCUCUUUAACAAACAAUCCCGAGGAUUCAUCACGUUUGAAUUAAUGGACAUAAGGAUCUCACUCAAAUAAUUGUAAUAGAUACAACUAGGCAACAAGUUAUGAAUGGAAAAUUACAGUGAAGCAUGCAUGCAGGACAUGUAUGAGAUGUUUUUAUUUUAUACAGGCAUAUGUAUUUUGUCUGAAAGGAGAUACUUGAAAUCAAAGAAUAUUCCCUUUUAUUAAUAUACAACUUCUUUUUAAUCUUUCUGCUCCAGUUACUGCUCAAUCUUCAUAUCAGUGAUUUUGCUUUGCUUAGUUUUUGUAGUUCAAAUUAUAGUUUGUGUUCAUGCUUCUUUAAAACAGAAAACAUACUGAAAGGAAUGAUGCUAGAAAUGACAUUUUUAUUAUUUUUAUGAAGCUGAUUCUGCUGGACAGAGGUGUUCCUUGUUUGUUUUUCUUCUUAAGAUAAUAUACAAUUAUGCAAAUUGUUUUUCUUUACCAUGUUUUUCAUUUACUAUGGAUCAAUAAACCUAU